UUAGUCUGCAGCUGGCAUUCAGCGGUAUAGAUCCUCUGGAAAUUUUUUAUUUCCAAUUUUCGGGAUAAAUUGUGUUACUGUAAAAUAGGUGACUUUGACAGGUGACUUAGUAAUGGAGCGCAGGGUCCUCCUGCUCCUGCUAAUUUUUCUCCUCGGGAUUGCGCUGUGUUUUGCUUGGCAGAACGAGAGACCUGUUUUGGAGUCUGUCGAUGGCCAUCUAGUCAUAUGGAGCGCACAGGAUAAAAAUGUCACCAUAAAAACUCGUGGCAAGGGAUAUCUGACAGUGAAUGAUGUUAAUCUUGUGGACUCUGCUCAUGCGGCAGCUCAUGCAGCUAGAUAUGUUGAGAAUUGGAAGAGUGGGCCUUGGCUAGACUUGCAAACACGAGUGGACAGACUGACCCACACUGUCGAGGGUCCGAAUGGACUGAUUAGGAGAAUAGAAUCAGGAUCCUGGGGAUAUCCUGGUGGUAACGUCACGACUUCACGUCCUCCCACGCACCAGGAGUGGGAGCCAAGUUCAUCUGCGCUGGCUACACGGGUUACAAAAUUGGAGGGACGAAUUAGGAAACUACGGGACAAGUUGCGGACGAAUGAAUGUUCAAAAAAUCCAUGUCGUAAUGGAGGAACGUGCAUAAGGGUUUUCGAUGGAUAUCAGUGUUUAUGUCCAUCAAAUUGGCAGGGCAUCUCUUGUGAAGUUGAUGUGAACGAGUGCGCUAUCUACGCUGGUACCGGCUUCGGAUGUCAAAAUGGUGCCACUUGUGUCAACACACUUGGUUCUUACAGCUGUUCAUGCGCCCAAGGCUGGUUCGGUGUUCACUGCAGUUCCAGAACAUCGGUCUGUAGUUCUAGCGACUCGCGAGAACUGUGUGGUAACGGUGUGUGCAUCGAUCAGAAAGGAACAUCUCUUGGAUACACUUGCAUCUGUGAUCAGGGCUGGAAGGCUGAGGGUACAAAUCCGGCUUGCAUAGUUGACGUUGAUGAGUGCGCCGGAAAACACCCCGUCUGCUCUGUAGACCCGGAAGUUGUGUGUGUGAAUCUCAGAGGAAGUUUUCACUGCGGCAGUUGUCCACCUGGUUUCACUGGCAGUGGGUACUAUUGUCGAGAUAUCGAUGAAUGCCUCGUUGAUAAUGGGGGAUGUAGUACAAUGCCGAAGGUUCAUUGCCGAAAUGUGCCGGGAUCCCGGAUCUGUGGUCCAUGUCCUCCAGGAUACUCUGGUGACGGUGAAACAUGCACUUACGUUGGCAGUUGUAGAAUUAAUAAUGGAGGAUGUUACCCUCUGGCAAGCUGUGUAGAAACCACGAAUUCCGUUGUGCAGUGUCAUUGUCCAGGUGGUUACACUGGAGAUGGGAUAGGUCCGAACGGCUGUGCCCCAUCAACCCAACCGACAAAUCCCUGCGCAGGGAAUCCCUGCAUUCACGGCAUCUGCAUUCCUCAUGCAACCGGCAGGUUUUGUCACUGUGAAGCAGGCUAUUCCGGUGCCGCGUGCGAUGUUCCGUUGAAUCCUUGUCUUCCAAAUCCCUGCAAAAACAAUGGCGUGUGCUCUAGAGCUUCCAAUAAUAGUUUUACUUGCGAGUGCGCAGCUGCCUACCAGGGACCUACAUGUGAAACUGCCAAGAGCACCUGUGGUGGAUACAUCAGAGACCCUGCUGGAACCUUGUCAUAUCCUCCUGAUGGUCGACGCGAUCCCAACGUGAAAUCAUGUGCUUACAUUUUCUUGACUAGUCCUGAUUUGGUAUUGAACGUCACGUUCACGAAAUUCAAGUUAGGAGGUGCACAGUCAUGUCGCGUUAAUUUCAUACAGCUCCACGAUGGUACCAGCACAGCGAGUCACUUUCUCGGUAGAUUUUGUGGCACCACCCUCCCCAACGGUGGGAACAUCAUCUCUACACACAACAAUCUCUACAUGUGGUUGAACAUUCAUAGUACAGAGGCAGAUGAAGGCUUCACCCUUCAUUGGAAUAGUGUGUCACCAGUGUGCGGUGGUUAUCUAACAUCAAAUAUCGGAUCAAUUAGUUCACCGGGUACUCCAGGAAAGUACCCGUUGAACAGAAACUGUACGUGGGAGAUAUCAGUGAAGGAAGACAGUAGAAUUCAGUUUCACUUCUUCGCUGUUCAGAUUGAAGAGCAUUCAAACUGCAGCAAAGAUUAUCUACAGAUUAACGAAACACGAGGAGAUCGAGCUAUUGAAUUGCAGCGUUAUUGCGGUCACACCCAGCCUGAGCCUCUCCUGACAUCUAGCUCAACAGCGAUUCUGUACUUCCAUUCGGACGGUGACACUCAAGAUCAAGGCUUCCAGCUGAGUUACAGCGCCGUCAGGGGUACACCCGGUUGUGGUGGAGAUCACACAGCUCCUCAGGGCACAAUCACCUCUCCCACAAUUCAAGGAGCUUACGACUCCGGUCUCUACUGUGUCUGGAAGAUUCAACUUCCAGUAGGCGAAAAAAUCCGACUGACUUGGCAGGAAAUUGAUGUUGAGGAGCAUCGUUACUGUUACUAUGACUUUGUCAAGAUCUACGAAGGACCUGAUGAAGAAUCUCCGGAAGUCGGAACUUACUGUGGAACAGAUUUACCUGCCCCGAGGACUCUUAACAGUAGUGUAGCGACAAUAGUCUUUAGCACCGAUCGUAGUUACAAUGGAAAAGGUUUUAGUAUUAAAUAUGAUACGCACUGCGGUGGAGAAUUUCAUGAACCCACGGGAGUUCUUACGUCGCCGUUCUAUCCGAUGAAGUAUCCUGGCGAAAAAACCUGUCAUUAUGAAAUUAUUCAGCCCUCGGACAAGCGCAUCAUACUUCAGAUACUGGAUCUGGAUAUUGAGGGACACUGGCACAGUGACUGUUACUUCGAUCACUUGGACAUCUACGAUGGAGAUAAUGAUAAUGCUACGCAGCUCGCACAGCUCUGCGGUGGAGAGAACAAAAUGCCCGAUGAUCCAUUCUACUCAACCUACAAUUUAAUGUAUAUUGAAUUCCAUACUGAUGCCAGUUACUCCUAUCGAGGAUUUAAGGCCAACUACUCUACCGUUGACAGAAGAUGUGGGGGUCUUUUCAAAACUAGUACUGGAGAUAUUGUGAGCCCUGGAGCCGGUGAGGGAUAUUCAAACGAGGAAGAGUGUUUGUGGACCAUUCAGGCACCACCCGGACACGUCAUUCAACUGUCGUGGACAUCGUGGAGCUUGGAAUCGCACUUUCAGUGUAGGCAUGAUUACGUGGAGAUCAAAGAAGAAUAUAUCGGGGAAGAUUUGUUGAUUGGGAAGUACUGUGGAAGGACCAAACCACCUGAUAUCAUCACCUUGGGGAACAUCAUGAAUAUUAUUUUCAAGACCGAUGACACAGUCACAUCUGAUGGUUUUGUUGGGCAAUACCGAUUUAUUGACACUGCGAACACGUGUGGAGGACAUUAUUUUAGCUCUAAUGGCGCCAUAACAAGUCCUGCAUGGCCCCGGAGAUAUGCGUUCGACAGAGAAUGCACUUGGAUAAUCGAGGCACCAACAAAAAUGCAGAUUAAACUGGUUGUUGAUUCUUUUCAUAUGGAGUCGUCUAGUGACUGCAGGUACGAUUACUUGGAGAUUAGAAACGGUGCUCACUCAACGUCUCCACUGAUCGGAAAAUACUGUGGGGAUGAUAUUCCCGCAACCAUCAAUAGCUUUACGAAUUUCCUCUACCUAAAAUUCAAAUCGGACGGGUCUAUUAGUGGUAGAGGAUUCGAAAUUACGUGGGACGCAACAAAACGUGGAUGUGGAGGAACAUUAACUGGAAGUUCGGGUGAUAUAAUGUCGCCAAAUUAUCCCGGUCCAUAUGCAAUGUUUUCCGACUGCACCUGGAACAUCGUCGUUACACAAGGCAAUCGAAUCCAAAUUAUUCUCGUUGAUGUGGACCUCAACGCAGAUAGUUCAUGUAUCGGAGAUCAUGUUGAAAUCUCUGAAGGCAUCAAUGGCAUUGUUAAGAAUAAGGAGAAGUAUUGCAAAGCUACCAAUCAAUUGGCAAUCGACUUAAAAGGGAAUACAGCUACUGUUCACUUUCGCAGUGCUUUUGGAGAGAAAGGACGUGGUUUCCAUAUAAAGUACAAUACUCUUUGCCAGAAUAAAUUGCACGCUCACAGUGGAGUCAUUGAGUCUCCAAAUUUCCCAGACAGGUAUCCACCAAAUCUAAACUGUUCUUGGAUCAUUGAUGCACCAAUAGGAAACAAGAUCAACAUAUCGUUCUCCCAUUUUGAUCUCGAGCCGGGAAAUCCUUUCACUGAAAAUCCCUGUACAUUUGAUUAUCUCAAUAUCAAGGAGGGCUCCUACGACACACCCCAAACUGAACUCGGUAAUUUGUGUCCAAUGGAGGGAAUGAUCAUACCUCCGAAAAUUGUAUCAACGGAAAAUCAAAUUUUUAUUAAUUUCCGAACUGACUGGGAAUCUCAUUAUGGUGGCUUCAGGCUCGAAUGGAUUGUCACCGGAUGCGGAGGACAUAUCAGAAAGCAAAAGGGCAUUGUCUCAUCACCGGGAUAUCCGAAGAGCUAUCCCACGAAUAUUGACUGCGAAUGGACCAUCGAAGUUGAUUACGGAUACGGCAUUCAGAUCAAUUUCACUGAUGUCGAUACUGAAAAGGAAGUCGCUUGCAUCAUGGAUAAAAUCGAAGUGUUCGGAGGAGAGAACGAAGAAGCCCCAAAACUCGGAGAAUUCUGUCACUCCAAGAGUCCGAUUCUCCUCGUGAGUCCUAUUAACAAGAUGUUCAUCAAACUUCAUUCAGACUGGAGUCAUGCGGGGAGAGGAUUUACUGCUAACUUCAAUCAAGCUCCAGGGUGUGGCGGCCUUUUCAGGGCUUACGAGGGCGCCAUUCACUCACCGAAUUAUCCGAUGAAUUAUCCGGUCAAUCAGAACUGCGAGUGGUUGAUUGAAGUUGAUCAAUAUCAUCUCGUUAAUCUGACAUUCGUUGAUGUUGAUCUCGAAGGGAGCAUCAGAUGCACAAUGGAUUAUAUCAAGGUUUUCGAUGGACCGACCAGAGACCAUGCCCUUUUGAGCAGUUUUUGCGCAAAGCAGAUUCCAUCGCCAAUUAUUUCAUCUGGCAACAAACUUCUGGUGGUUAUGAGGAGUGAUGCAGCUUCAACGGCUAAGGGCUUCCAGGCAAAUUUUGAGAGGGCGUGCGGUGCUCGAAUUGUUACCAACUCGAGUGGAUUCUUGACAACAGCUUCUGAUCUACAUUUGAAGAAUGAUGAGGGUCUCAAUUGCAGCUGGAUCAUUGCGGCCGAAGAUCUUGCUGAUCACAUCACUCUCACUAUUUCUCAUAUGGAUAUGAAUUGUCGAUGGGGGACAUGUGAAGAUAACUGCACGAGUCAUUAUCUGAGUGUUUAUGAGGGAGAAGGUAUGGAGGGAGCGCUCAAGGGUCAAUGGUGCGAGUCUAAGGUUCCACCACCGCUUGUCAGCACUGGAAAUGCUCUUACUGUACAUCUUCUUACAUAUUACUAUAUUGAUGUAUCAUUUAGCGCCAGUUAUUCAGCUCUGAAUUCAGCAUGCGGAGGUGAUUACUAUGCAGAAUCAGGUACCCUAACAUCUCCAGGUUAUCCAGACAGCUACACCAUGAACGCCGAGUGUGAAUGGACACUGCGGACGGCACCUGGUAACGGUAUCACAUUAACUUUCUCAAAAUUCAACAUUGAGUACAGUGAAAAUUGCGAUCGAGAUUAUCUGGAGAUUCGGGAGCAAUCGGCAAUAGGAAAAAUCAUCGGUGUUUACUGUGGAAAUAACAUAAAUGCUGUAGAAUCGAGGGAGGAAAUUUGGAUAAAAUUCAAAAGUGAUGGAGUGGGUACAGGUGAAGGAUUCACGGCUGAGUAUACAUUUAAUCAUGGAUCUGAACUUUUUGACUCUCAUGGUGUUAUCGCAUCUCCUUUGUACCCCCAUCCAUUCACCAAAUCAGAAACAGUCACUUGGAGAGUUACUGUUGAACAUGGAUUCUCCAUUAAGGUCGAAUUUGAUGCUUUCAAUGUCGAUAGCUUCACCGAAACUGCAUGUGAUGGCUUAGAAUUGGGAAUGGAGAUCUACGAUGGCUACGAUAACAACGCACAACUUCUCCAUACCUUCUGCGGCUCCGUCAUUCCAGAAUCUUUCCAAACUACUAGCAAUAUCAUGUACAUAAUGUUCCACGGAGAUAGAAGAAGAUUGGGAAAUUGGUUCAAACUUCAUUAUUACGAAGUUCCAAGGGUCAUAACCACGAAUCCCAAUACUGUCGUUGAGUUAUCUAAUUGCACCGAGGAAAUAGUUCUUACAAAUAAGGAAAACGCGUCCUACAUUAUCACAUCACCUGGCUAUCCAAAUGGGUACGAGAAUAUGUUGCACUGUAACUGGCUGAUUACAUCUCCCCCAGGAACUCACCUGAUCCUGUCAUUCAUCGAUAUCAACCUUGACGAGAGAAAAAAUUGUGUGAAUGAUCGUAUCUCAGUAUUUUCGGGCAUAGCAUUAUCCCAAGAGCCCCCUCCAGAAGUUGAACUCCUCGGGAAAUAUUGUUCGAUAAACGAGUCCAAUACCGUCGUAAACAGUAACACGAACAUCAUGACCGUCAAAUUCGAGACAGACUAUUAUCGCAACAGAACUGGAUUCAAGGCCAGAGUUAAGCGAGUCUGUGGUGGACAACUUAGUGGUCCCAAUGGUCAAAUCACCUUCAACGAAAGUGGAAGCGAAUUAACAUGGGGUUGGCACAUUAUGUGCGAAUGGAAUGUAACAGUUUCCCGGGGAAAAACGAUUGAAGUGACUAUCAACUCCAUAAACAUUUCAACGACAACCGAGGAAGGAUGUGGAGAUCACUAUGUUCUUCUGAAAAAUGGCCAGGAGUCAGAUUCUCCAUUCCUCGGUGAUGGUAAAUACUGCAGCUCUGAUCUUCCUGAUCCACUGACGACUACUAGCAACAAACUAUAUGUACAAAUUUCUGCUCCUCGUAAUCAGGGACUUUAUAAGAUAUCUUAUCGUGAAGUAAGUUUUGAGUGUGGUGAGACUUAUGAAUUGUUGGGAGGUGUUAAUGACCAAUCGCUCUCAACACCACGAUAUCCAAACGUUCCACCCCCUUACACCGAAUGUUUGUGGAGGUUUAUGGCACCAGCUGGUCAGAGAUUAUCACUUCAUUUCGUAGAACGUUUUGACCUGACACGCAGCUCAGAAUGCCAGAGAGAAUUCGUUGAAGUGAGAGACGGUGGAACAGAUAAUGCCCAGUUAUUGGGUGCUUACUGUGGAGAUAGAGCGCCAAGCACAAUAACAUCAUCUGGAAAUAUGAUGUACGUCAGGUAUUUUACGGAUAUGAACAUACCUGGCAAUGGUUUUAAAGCUGUGGUGACGAAUGACGAGAUCUGUGGAAGUGUUAUUAGAGGAACAUCAGGUGUUGUUUCAUCUCCAAAUUAUCCAAAUCCAUAUCCCAAGGGAAAAGAGUGUGUCUGGUGGAUUAUCGGCCCUAAGUAUCACUCCCUCAAAUUGCAGUUUAUGGAUAUUCACUUACCCGGAUGGAGGAGGUGCAAUGAUACUGAUCACGUUAGGAUAAUGGAAAAGACGCCAAAUAAUGAGACACUUUCUGAACCUCAGGUUUUUUGUGGACAACAAAGUCAACCCGAUAUCAUCGCAAUAUCAUCCAAUGAAGCGAUUAUCAAUUUACACAUAAGUGGUAAAGUUGUGGGAAAUUAUCGAGGUUUUCGUCUCAACUUUUCAGCGACUAUUGACAAAUGUGGGGAUGACUUUGAAUCUGAGGAGGGUACAUUUCAGUCAUCUGGGUAUCCAAGUCCUAGGCCAUCUUCGCAGUUCUGUUCCUGGACGAUUAGAACUCCCAUUGGUACUCAAGUGAAGCUGGAAAUUCUCGAUCUGGAUAUAAACUGGAUGCAGAGCCACGAUAUCUACGGGGCAAGAUUUUAUAACGAUCAUCAGCAUAGAUCACGAAUUGGAGUAGUGAAUACGAGAAAUUAUGACAAGUUCGUGUACAGUUCAUCGAACCUGAUGAUGGUGACGUUCUUUGCUCAUACUGGAUACAGGGGAUUUAGUGCGAAAUUUAGUUCUGAGCCGUUGGCACCUUGUGGGGGAUUGAUUACCAACGCCAAUGGUACACUGUCAAUCCCAACUACUGAACCUUACCGAAGCAGAUCCUUCUUCUGUUCGUGGUAUAUCAGUGUUCCAGAGGAUAUGGUCAGACUCAAUCCGAUGGGAGCAUUUACUCUAGCUGUCACUGCGACUGGAUCUUUGGGAAGAGUAGCCCGACAAGAUAGACGAUGUGCUGCCAAAAUCAAGAGCAUGGUGCUCCGGGAUAGCUCUGAAAAUAUCAUUAGUGCUGUUUGUGGUAAUGGUACAGAAGAGCCUUUUGUACUUCAAAGUCGAAGUCACCUAAAUAUUCUUGAAAUUAUGAACGGCUCAAGUCCUGGCAGUGUAAACAUCGAUGUAAAGUAUCAGUGGAAUGUUUGUGGUGGCCUUUUAGAUGGUUCAUCUCACACAAUUAGAAACCCAAGCAACAUAUCUUUUCCCAGAAACUGUGUCUGGGAAGCUGUGGUCCCCGAGGGACAAGGAAUUUUCUUGCAGUUCAAUAAGAUGAAUCUUGGAGCUUGUAGCAAGGGAUAUCUCAAGAUACUGAAUGGUGGACCCCAGUCACCGCAAGUUGGAAAAUACUGUGGUAAUCAAAGACCUGAUAACUAUACGAGUACAUCCCAUAAAUUAUGGAUAGAGUACUACGCCCGUGAGGCCCCUGGAGAAUUUGAACUUGAGCUGCGGACAACCAGUACGGCAUGUGAACUAUACGGUCAUGAUUUAACAUCACCUGGAUUUCCCAAAACUUAUCCACAUAAUAGUGAGUGCAUUUGGGAAUAUGAUGCCGAACCUGGAUAUUCCAUUGGAUUGUCUUUCAUCGAAAGAUUCAGUCUCGAAACGAGUACUAAUUGCACCAAUGAUUAUGUCGAAGUAUUCGAUCGUUACAGCAACUACGAUAAGACUUGGAAAUCAUUGGGAAAAGUCUGUGGUAGAAAUACUCCAGCACCGUUCAAUACAACAUCAAAUCACGUCAAAAUAAUCUUUCACUCGAAUAACGUAACGGAAAGUGAUGGCUUCAAAGCACACAUCGACGUCAAUUGUGGAGGGAUUUUUAUGGCUUCAAAAUCCGCUCAGAUGAUCUCAUCGCCCCAAUACCCAGAGAGUUACCCUUCCGAUCUGAACUGUAAUUACACCAUCGUUGCUCCUGAAGGAAAUAUGGUUAUCGUUGAAUUUGAAACAUUUGAACUUGAACAGGAUAGCUCUCAUUGUGACUGGGCUAAUGUCACAAUUAUAGGCCAGUCUUUCUGGGAAAGGGAGGAGUCAAGUACCUACUGCGGCAUCAACAAACCCCCUACGACAAUGUAUCCCCAGAAGGUAGAUAUCAUUUUCAAAACUUUCAUAUCAUUCAGCGCCCGUGGUUUUCUAUUCAAAUAUUUAAUGAACGACUGCGGAGGAGAGAUCACCGAAGAGUCAGUGAUAUCACCACUGACGACUAGUGAUGGAUCAGCUUAUUAUGGAGGAUUAAACUGUACGUGGGUUAUAACAGCACCACCUGAUAAGAGCAUCGCUCUGAGAUACAAGACUUUUGAACUUGAAUUCAGCAUAAGAUGUUUCCAUGACAAAGUGGAAGUUUACGAGGGACGUGGAAUGAAUAUUACGAAACUGUUGUCCACUUACUGUGGAAAUCUUACGGCAAAUCUGCCUGUAAUUAAAUCCGUGGGUAAUAUCAUGACUGUCAAUUUUAGAUCGGAUUAUACGAGGCAUUUCAAGGGUUUCGUGGCUGAUAUUAUAUUUACCAAGAGCAUUGCCUCGGGGUGUGGUGGACAAAUCAAUCUGACCAGCAGUCAGGAUUGGAGGACCCAGAGGGAAAACUAUUACGAAAACUUUGAAGACUGUAUGUGGAGCAUUAGCGCUGACACAAGAAAAUCUAUCAGAAUCACGUUUAAGACUUUUGAUCUUAAAAAUACACCAAACAGAACUAUACUACCUGAGAUAGCUCCCUGCAGUGGUGACUAUCUGGAAAUCAGAGAUGGCAGAGGUCCAGCUUCACAAUUGGUGGGAAGAUACUGUGGUAAUGUUCUUCCCCCGACACUCACUUCGCCAAGAAAUGUUCUUUGGAUUCGUUUUUACAGCGAUGGAGAGAACACAGGACGGGGAGUAACUGCCACACUGGAGGCUAUUGAUUCCCCUUGUGGUGUAUCAAUAAUCAACGUUGAGAAUACAACAGUCACGUUAAAAUCUCCUCAUUAUCCUGGAGAUUAUUCACUCGGACUCCAGUGCAAGUGGACCUUAGUGGGACCUCCUCGAAAAGAUCUUUACAUUAAUUUCAAGAAUAUUGAUAUGGAGAAUUCACAAGAUUGUCACGGGGAUCAUCUUCGAUUGAGUGAUAAACGAGUGAAUCGACAUAUCGAAGAAGGCUUUGGGGAGGAUUUACUGAUCAAUGGACAGACGGAAUCGAGUAUUAGAUAUUUUAAUGAUUACAAACCUGUCGCUACUUAUACAUUCUGCUCCAAAAUCGAUCAUUAUGAUUAUUAUUCGGGGGGAAAUAUUGUUGAAGUUGCGCUGGAAUCCACGAAUGAAAAUUCGGGAAAACCAAGAAAAUUUGAAUUAGAUAUUUCAAUCGCUGAAUGCCGUACGAAUUAUACAAGUCCGCAGGGAAGAAUUUUUCAUCAGGGAUUUGAAAACUGUUGGACGACAAUUACAGUUACGCCAGGGCAUACUAUUUCCUUGUACUUUAUUAAUCUCCGAAUCUACGGGCGAUCUGGGUGUCCGAGGAAAUAUCUCAAGAUUUAUGAUGGUGAUUUUACCGAUCAGGUGAUUGGGACAUACUGUGGCAUGCAGACACCUGCCCCUGUUUUCAGCCACGGAAAUACCCUCAGCCUCUUGUCGAACAGCGGUCAAGCCUGGGAGGCUUAUGAUCUAAUUUAUACGUCGACGGAUAAGGGCAGGGGUUGCGGUGGAAGAUUAUUCAAUUAUGCUGGGAAAUUUACAUCACCUAUGUUUCCGAAUAACUACAGAAAUGACAGCGAAUGUACUUGGGAAGUUAUUGUUCCAAAAGGGUCGAGGGUUUUGUUGGAAUUUACGACAUUUGAUCUUGGGUCUAGUGAGAAUUGUGAUACACAUCUGCUGGUGCGGGAAACGACUAGUCAAGAAGGUUCCAUCACUACAUAUUGUCCAUCGGAACAUCCUGCAAAAUAUAAAAGUAAUUCCAACAAAGUGGAGGUAGUAUACUAUACGACUGUGAAUAACGGAGGAACUGGAUGGGAGAUUAAUUUCCUCGCUGUUAGAGAAGAUUACGACGAUACGGCGGAAGGACCCAAUAUCUUCAGGAUCAAUCCAUGGCGACAUCUUUAAUUCGAUCUGUCGAAUGUGCUGAAUAAGAUGUACUCAGACUAGUGUAUUUUUUGAGUGAACUGUAAACGUGAUAAAUUUCAAUAUAAUUAUUAUAAAUUAUAACAA